AUGGGGCUUCUUGGCGAGAGAAAGAGAAAAAAUUCCAGAGGACUGCACGCACUUGCAGAGGGAUCACUUUCUUUCGCAAGAGCGCAUGCCGUCCUGAAUGAAACUGAAAGGAGUUUAGAACACGAAAUAGAGCGAGAAAACAGAAAACCGCCAAAAUCAAAACUUGGAAAAAUUCGAUACAAGGGAGAAAAGUUGAUGCACACCAAAUGGGUCCUUCUGACUAUCGUACUUCUCAAUAUUUUGGACUGCAUUCUAGUGAUGGGGGAACUUAUACUGGAUAUCUAUUACCUCAAAGGUGUUGUUGAUCACGACGAAACAGCAGCUCUCAAGUUCGUCACCGACAUGAAAAGUCAAUAUCCUGACGCCCUACAAGAUUACAAAUACGACUAUGCUGAACUAGACAAUCUUCACCGGAAGAUCCUAUCGGCUCAAGUAGACUUCAACAGUGCAUACAGUCCUCGGAGUGUGACGGAAACAACGGUUACCAUAACGACACCAAUCCCUAUGUUGACCACGUUAUUGACAAAGGAUGUAACAACCGCCACUUUUGCAUCUUCUCUAAAUUCUGAAAGACGGAAAAGAGCAGCAAAUUCACCGGAUGAUGUCAACAAAACCGGAAGUGACAUUGUAGAGAACCAUGUCUUUGAUCAUCACUCAAUCGAAGUUGAUUUGGCGCACUAUUUUCAUUAUUGUAGUAUUGCUAUUUUGGCAAUUUUAGCUGUGGAGAAUGUACUAAAGCUGUUCAGCAGUGGAAAGGAGUAUUUCAAAAACAAACUCGAGGUAUUUGACGGUUUUAUAGUGGUGGCGUCUUUUAUCGUAGACUUGGUUUUCAUCAAAGGGCUGAGUGCAUACAAAGUUCAGUUGUUUGUCGUUAUUCUGGCCUUUUUAGUGCCAUGGCGAGUUGUCCGAGUGGUCAACAGUCUGGUUGUGGCUGUUAUCGACCAUGAGCACUUCCGGAUGAAGUUGAUGUACAAACAGAAGAAACAAAUUGCCGCCGAACUUAAAUCUGCAAAAGCAAACGCUAAAGAUUUACAGAUUUGUUUCGAAGCAAUGCGAAAGCUUGCCUAUUCAGCAGGUGUGUCGGCAAAACACAUCGACGCUGUUAACGCACUCCAUCCAGAUUCCAAAUCAAAAAAGAAAGGGUUGGCGGGAUUCGCUUCGUCUUUCGCUAAACAGAAUAUCCAGAGACAGAUUUCAAGCAGUACAUUUGGAAGCAGUUUCACCUUAGACAGCACUGCCUCCAAUAAUAACACUGACUCCAACGGUGCAAACAACGAAAACCAUAUCUAGGAAGUAGAAUAAAAAGAAAUACGAGUAAUUGUCGUAGAAAAGCUAUCUAUAUAGUUUGCUUAAUUGUGAUUUUUGCAUGAUUUUUAAAAUGGGUUUGAAAAGCAAACUCCAAUGAAGGAACAAAUUUGCAUAUACACUCGAAAGCUUGGUGUCUAUCUGCGACCAAGAGUACUUUAUAAUGGGUUUAUAUAUA